UUUAUUUACGUUUGGAACUGUGUAUUACUUGUCGUUUUGUGUACCCUGGCUGGUCCUGGACAGGGAUUUAAUACACAAAAUAGUCUGGAAAUUUGGGCUAAAUUUCUGGGCGUGACAUGAUCCUAGCGGUGGGCGUUAAUGGGAGCGAUUUAGGCCGUCCGAUUUGUUCAAUGAUGAAUGAGUUUGAGUAAGAUGAGUUGGUGUAUUAUAGGGUAGAUAUAACUAGAAAGGAAGCCCGCGUAGAUGAGUGGGCAUGUUAUUUAUUGAUGGUAAAAAGAAUGCUAAAAGAAAUCCUACCUCAUCGUAUUUUUUAUAAGUACGAUAAAUUACGUUAUAAUCAAAAAAAUUGAUAAAUAAUAGGUGGAAAAUUGGUGAAGUGGUUAUUUGUCUUUGUGUGGGACUGAACAAACCGAACAGAGGAGAUCGGUUUAACUGGUGUGGUGUGCACGGUCAAACUUGCCGAUCAAACACAGUAAAAAUGCAGGUCGAUGGAUAUGUCAUCUACUAUGAAAAGAAUAAUUAUUCAUAAAUACGAGCGCACGUGUCAAGUCUAAGGCCUGAGUAUGCUAGUUCUACCACAAAAAACCUAACUAAUUGAUUUACGCUCACUUCACAACCAUAUUAAAUAUUAGAAUUAGGCAUGCUAGUUUUAGUGACUAACAAAUAACAAGAAAUAUUUUUUCUAUAUUUAAUAGGUUGUGGAUUAUUUUUUUUAAGAUAAUGAUCCGGUGACUGAUAUUUUUAAUCUAUGAGAUAUAAAAAAAUUGCGCUUCUUCAAAUAGCUAAAAGUUGCACUGUAGCUUUGUACGAUUUCACGGCACCUUUAGCAUGUGCUAUUUAUAUUUCUAUAUGUUUCUCAAAAGGGACGAGUAGAAAUAUUUUAUUUUGAAAAGCUAACAAUUAUUAGCCUCUCUCGAUCUAUACAUCAAUUGUUUAUUGUCCUUACUAAACUAAUUAUUACCCCUGCUUUUUUCGAUUAUAUAUAUGUGUGUAUAUUACACAAAAAAGAGAACUGAAGCGAUUGGACUCCAUCAACUCCAAACCAAAGUUUAAGGUGCGUGGCCGUGGAGAGCACAGGCGGCCGCGUCUCCACCGGAUGUCUAUAUGGCCGGAGCUGCCUCUCUGAUAGUGCAGAUUUUCACUUCCGCGGCGUACUUCUGGAGGAAAUGGACGAUCGAGUUCGUGGUCCUCUCCAGCUUCGGGCUGCAGCUAGUGCUCCUCUUAUUCGCCGGGAUCCGGCGGCGCCGCGCCGGAGGCGUGCGUGUGUUUUUCGUCUGGCUGUCGUAUCGUCUGGCUGUCAUAUGGCCUCGGCCACCUCUCCAUCAACGGCACGCUGGUGUCUCGGGAGCGCCAGCAGCUGCUGGCGUUCUGGGCGCCGUUGCUGCUGGUCCACCUUGGUGGCCCGGAUAACAUCAGCGCCUACGCCAUCCAGGACAACCAGCUCUGGUUGCGCCUGCUGCUGACCACUUUCUUCGCCAAGAUCCUUGCCGCCGGCUACGCCAUUUUCGUCGCAUCUUCCAGCGGCAGCGGCAGCAGCAGCUUGGCUAUGCUUCCGGCCGCGUCGUGGCUGAUGUUCGUCGUCGGUGUUGUCAAGUACGGGGAGAGGAUAUGGGCGCUCUACAAUGGGCACCUGAGCACCAUCCGGAGCACAAUUGAGAAGCAGAAGCAGGAGGAGGCAAAGAGGGAGAAGAAGAGAGGAGACAGCGAGCAGGGAGGAGCUAGAGAUCCUCCCACUCCACCUGCAGUGAGCAAGAAAGAUCCUGACUAUGCCCUGCUUCAGGCUCAUGCCAAUUUCGGCGCGUGCAAGGCCGCGUUGGUUGAUAUCUCCUGGGACGAGAAAGCUACAAUUGAUCAAUGGCGUUGGGACGAGACGUGGGUUGUCCUCCAGAUGGAGCUCUCCCUGCUGUACGACAUCAUGUACACCAAGGCUGGCGUCAUCCACACGUGGCAUGGCUACUGCAUCCGUGUCUUUUCGCCGCUGGCCACCGCCGGUGCCUUGGUGAUGUUCCAUCUCAGCCUCCACGGCGCCCUUGGGCAUGGGGCUAUGCUAGUCGACGUGGCCAUCACCUACACAUUGCUGGUUGGCGCCGUCCUUGUAGACACAUGGUGGCUGCUCAUGGCAGCCGGGUCGACCUGGGCGUACGCCUUCUUGAUCCGCAUGCCACGGCGGGGUUGGCUGUACCACACGGCCAUCUGCGGCGGGCGAUGGCGCCAGGUCCGCCGUGUGCUCGCGUGGAUCCGCUGGCUUGUCAAUGCGGAGGACAGCAGAAGGUGGUCCGGCACCAUCUGGCAGCACAACAUGUUGCAGUUCUGCACACGCGACCUUGCCAAGAAGAUACAUGUCGAGUGGCGCAAGAAAGACAACACCUACUCCGGCACCACGGUCAUUCCUGAUUGUGUCAUGGAGCAGGUGUUCAACUAUUUAAUAGAUAUUCUAAGAAUCGACGACAAAUAUAAGGAUGACGAGGCCCAAAAGGACAAAAAUGAAGAUGAACCACCAACAGGGCAAUCGGGUAUCCCAUUGGACUCGACGGGCUUGCUCAAGGCAGAAAGGGGCUGGAGGAUCCUGAAGAAAUUAGCCAAAAAGGAAGGCCAUAAGGAUGGCCAUAAGAAAGUGAACGACUUGUUCGGGAGGUUACUCCGCGACGAGAUCCAGCAGCAAAUCAUUAUCUGGCACAUCGCGACGGACAUCUACCUCCGCACCUCCGAGAAGGUAGAGACCACCGAGUACGUUAAAGCAAUCAAUCUUAUUUCCAACUACAUGAUGUUCGUAGUGGUGGAACGUCCCUACAUGGUACCUGGUCUUGCACUACGCACUAUUUACAGUAAAACCAUCGAAGAUAUCAUCCAAAGUAGGAUCGGGUCCUCCGUCCAGAGCCUUGCCGAGAAGCUGAGUGCCAACAACCGGAAACACAAUAAGGUCUCGCUCAGUGCGCUGCCGCUUGCCCUCCUUCUAGUCAAAAGGCUCAACGAAUACGACGGGGCCCGUCUGGAGUUUCUGUUCAAGGUGUGGGUGGAGAUGCUCCACUACGUUAGCCACCGAUGCAGCAGGGAGUCCCACGCCAAGCAGCUCAGCAGCGGCGGUGAGCUCACAACGGUUGUGUGGAUUAUGGCGGAACAUGCUCGCAAUUUCUAUAUCUCGAAAAAAAACUUAGAUUAACCCAACAAUAAUUAUGGAUCUGUUUGGUUGCCGUCAUUAAUUAGGCUGGCUUGUAAUAACUCUCGUCUUGGCCAAGCACAGCCUUGCUAGCCACAUGAAUGCAAAAAAGAUUUGUUU